CUGUCCCAUCUGGCGCUUGGAGCCGUGUCUCUGCGCGCCGCCGCCAGCACUGCCCAGGCCAGUCGAGGGGCCGCUGCUGGCUUCCUGCUCCAGGCCUUGGCCGCCACCACCAUGCUGGCCCCAGGGCUGGGCACGGAUGAAGAUUGUGUCGCCGGAACCUGGGUGGCCACUGUCAUCGGCCUGCCCCUUUUGGCCUUCGAUUUCCACUGGGUGAACGGAGACCGCUCCUCUGCCAACCUCCUCCUGGGAGGCGGCAUGGUGCUGGCCGUGGCGGGGGACCACCUCGGUGCAGAAGGCCGCUCUGUGGCGGGCCAGGCGGUGGUGCUGGUGGUGGCAGUGACCAUCCUCAUUGUGGCCGUCUUCACCACCAACACUUAUGGCAUGUGGGGGGGCGCCAUGCUGGGUGCUGCCGGUCUCCUGAGCAGGCUGGAGGAGGACAGACUGCUGCCGCUGCCCAAGGAGGACCUCUGUCGCUGGGCCCUGGCAGUGGGCAGUUGGGCCUACCACCGAGCCCUGCAGACACAGCGCCUGCAGUGGGAGUGACCGCUGGCAGCAGUGCCUGGACACGCACCCCUUCCUGAGGACCAGGUCCGGAGACCUGCUCCCCGUGGGCCCGCGGGCCCCCAGAGUGGCUUGUGCGCUGGUCGCGCGGGAGGUGUGGACGCUCCCUCCGGCCGAGGCCGAGGACCGGGGUGGUCGUAGGCACGCUGGGGGCCCGAUUCACGGCUGUGGGUACAGAGGCUUGCUGGCCAAUAAACCGCAGGGACUCCGCA